UUCCCCACCCUCUCUAUUUCUCCUCCCCAUCUCUUCCCGAUCCAUCUGACUCCAAACCCUAACCAAGUCAGAUCUCCGCCUCCGCCGCCGCCGGCGAGAGCACCGAAUCAGAUCCGCCGCAAUGGCGUUCCGCCGCAUCCUAUCCAGCGCGGUGCGCCGCCGCUCGGCCAUCGCCGCGGCGGCGGCCGGGAACGCGCGCGAGGCCUCCACGGCCGUCGCCGCGGGGCCUGGGGUCCUCGCUCCCGACGCGACCCCGGUGCGCCCCCCCGUGAUGCCGUACGACCGCAUCGCCGAGGCCGUGAACGCCAGGCUCCGGCGGCUCGAGCACCCGGACCCGCGCUUCCUCCGCUACGCCAAUCCCGUGCCGACCCACGCCGACCACACGGCCAUCCUCGCGGCACCGGAGACCCGCGUCACCACGCUGCCCAACGGCUUGCGCGUCGCCACGGAGUCGUCCCUCGCCGCGCGCACAGCCACGGUCGGCGUCUGGAUCGACGCGGGCAGCAGGUACGAGAACGAGGAGGCUGCCGGCGUCGCGCAUUUCGUCGAGCACAUGCUGUUCAAGGGCACGGGCAAGCGCAGCGCCGCGCAGCUGGAGAAGGAGAUCGAGGACAUGGGCGGCCACCUCAAUGCCUACACGUCUCGGGAGCAGACAACCUACUACGCGAAGGUGCUUGACAAGGACGUAUCCCGUGCGAUGGAGGUCCUCGCUGACAUCUUGCAGAACUCUAAUCUCGAUGAGGCCCGCAUUGAACGUGAGCGCGAAGUGAUCCUAAGAGAGAUGGAGGAGGUUGAGGGACAAUCCGAGGAAGUUAUAUUUGAUCAUCUCCAUGCAACUGCAUUCCAGUAUACAUCCCUUGGCAGACCAAUCCUGGGUUCUGCAGAUAAUGUCAGGUCAAUCACCAAAGAGGACCUCGAGAACUACAUUGCAACUCAUUAUACAGCUUCUAGAAUGGUUAUCACUGCUGCGGGUAAUGUUAAACAUGAAGACAUUGUGGCGCAGGCAAAUAAGUUGUUCAAUAAGCUAUCAACUGACCCUACAACAACAAGCAUGUUGGUUGCUAAGGAACCAGCCUCUUUUACUGGUUCUGAGGUUCGAAUCAUUGAUGAUGACAUGCCCCUUGCUCAAUUUGCUGUUGCUUUCAAUGGAGCAUCCUGGGUAGAUCCAGAUUCUGUUGCAUUGAUGGUUAUGCAAUCAAUGCUUGGUUCAUGGAACAAGAAUGCUGGUGGAGGAAAACACAUGGGUUCAGAGCUUGUACAAAGGGCAGCGAUCAAUGACAUUGCUGAGAGUGUAAUGGCAUUCAACACGAAUUACAAGGACACUGGUCUGUUUGGUGUCUAUGCUGUUGCUAAGGCUGAUUGCUUGGAUGAUUUGGCUUUUGCAAUUAUGCAAGAGAUGAGCAAGUUGUCGUACAGGGUUACGGAAGAAGAUGUUAUCCGUGCUCGUAAUCAGCUGAAGUCCUCAAUCCAACUCCAUCUUGAUGGUUCGACCGCUGUUGUCGAGGACAUUGGCCGUCAGAUGCUUACCUAUGGCCGAAGAAUUCCUAUUCCCGAGCUCUUUGCAAGAAUAGAUGCAGUUGAUGCCAGCACCGUGAAGCGUGUUGCAAAUCGCUUCAUCUUUGACCAGGAUGUUGCAAUUGCUGCAAUGGGACCGAUCCAGGGACUUCCGGACUACAACUGGUUCAGACGCCGCACCUACAUGCUCCGCUAUUAGUUCGUGUACCGGUGUACCAUGUUUACAGUCUGCAAAGACAAGAUAAAAUUGCCACUUUUGGCGUCAGUAUAUUAUGGCCUCAGCAUAGCACAUUACGUGCUGGAGUGGAGGAAUUUUUUGAGUAUGUUUUAUUUUUCAGAUCUUGUCCCAAACCAACAAAUCUGUCAAUAAUGAUAGGCAGGCACAACUGACGUGGCUGACUUGAGUGGCCACCCGGUGUUUUUUUUUAACGAUGAAUCGUGACCCUUACAAUUCCAUCUUUUGUUGGAAGAUCAUUUUCUUGUGGCAAAUAAUUUUAUGAAGCUUCUUGUUAUAUGUAAAGAUGGUACAGUUUAGCUU